AUGAGAAGCACACAAUUAAGUGAGAGCUUGAAUAGUGACUUGAAAGACCAUUUGAAGUCCGAUCUUGACAUUCUUCGUUUUUUCAAGCACGUAGAGAGGGUUGUGCAAGGAAAGAGAGAUAAAGAGUAUAUUUUGAAGCGAUGGACUCGAGAAGCACGAAGCGGCACUAUUCAAAACAGCCAUGGCAACAUUGUUUUGGAAGACCCUAGAUCGGAAGAUAGGCAGCAGCUGAAGUUUUUCAUGCACGAGUUCCUUGGCAUAGCUUCCCAAGCAGUUGCAUCAGAAGAGUGCAUCAAAUUAGUAGAUGAUGCUUUGAAGAAUCUAAAGAAGCAAGUUGAAGACAAAGCUCCUACUACUACAUGCAGAACUGAAGCUAUAUCUCAGGAACCAGACAUUUGUUUGCAAACAGCUUGCCUGAAGAAAAAGGAAAUUCAGCAGAAGACUUCAAAAAGGAAAAAAUCAUGGCUUGAUAAUCAACAUCCCAGUAAAAAGAAAAAGGAGGGCAGCUAA